UAGACACAGACAUACAGUGAUACACAAAUGAAUUUUAUGAGGCACUCGUGAUUUUCAAGCAUGAAAUUUUUACUCUUUCAUAAAACUUAGAAGAGCAUAAUAACACAUAAGUUGUCAGUUGUUACUUUUAACAACACGUUAUAAUUUAAGUGGCUAUGUCAAAAAAAAAAAAAAAAAAAAUAUAAUUUAAGUGGCCAUUAUUAGUCAAGAGGACAACAAUCGUUAUCUGACCCCAAUGAAUUCUUCUUAUCCUAACAGGCCUAAAUGGCCGGCUGCUGGGCCUGGGCCUGGGCCUGGCCUGCCAAAUUUACAACAUGUAGACUGUAUGCAUCUGUUAUAUUCUUGUUCUUCAAUUUCUUUUAAGUAUAGUCAACCAAAAAACGUGAACCCUUCACCAGAAAUGCAUUCCCCCACUAAACUAAGUGAUCUCCUUCAAUGUUGAAACUUUCACUUAUUUAUAUGCAUAAAUCUUAUAUCUUUUUUAAGACAAUGUCAUUCACCUGGUUUGGAUGAAACUGCGACUAACAGCUGGAACUUGAUUCAUUCCUUAGCCUACGCCUUCAUAUCCAGAUUUAACAAGUCUCAAAUGAGGAAUAGCAGCAAGAUGGACGAAGCUAGCAAGUCUAAGGAUGAUCAACAGGUUUCUUUAAUUCCACCAGUUCAAGAGAUUCGUCGUGUGGCUGUCGCCAACCAGAUGAGGUUACAACAAUUGGAACUAGCAGUUGCAAAUUUAACCAGCAUUUGCAGCGCUAUUAGACAUGAUAUGUACUCCUUGAGUUCGUCGUUAUCCAAUCAAGGCUCGUUUACAAAGGUACAAGCAGAGGUUGUUGAGAUGAAACGACCCUCCUAUACGCGAACAAGUUCAUCUAGCUUGGAAUUGAAGGAUGAUGUGUUGGGUGUUCAGUUGCAGCAACUUGUUAAGCAAGCUGCCGCGCUAGGCAUUCUUAACAGUAGUCCUAUUGACCAGCUUUCUGCAGGGAAUGUGAAAGAAAAUUCAAAGAUACCCAUAAGAUCAACACCAAAGAAAGUGCAAGCAACAUUAAGCAAGAAAGAUUCCACAAAACAACCGGUCCAACGGAUGGAAUUGACUACUGAGAAGAAAUUGUCAAUGAAACACACAACAGUUAAGAACAACAACAUGGGAGCAACUCAAUCAAAAACAGCAAAGGCACCUCCAGAAAGUAGUGCAGGCAACAACUUAAAGGCAACAUCAACUGCUGCGAAAUUCUCUCUGAAAUCGACUGUCAAAAGGACUAAAACAACCAUUUCCAAAGUCUAUGUUAAUCAACCACCAAUUUGGAACAAGGGUAAGGAAACCAUAGUCAAGAAUGUGCAGAAAAUACAAGGCAAAGGUUCGAUAAAAUUAACAGUCAAGACUCAUCAAGGUCGGAUUAAGCCUGAUACUGCACCAAAAUCUCAUGCUUCAACUAAGAAAAAUUCAUCACCUGGUGCUGUUAAAUCAGACCUUAAACCUCGAAGGAAAUGGAGCACUGCAGAAGCUAUAACACUCAAAAAGUAGAACAAUAUUUGGCAAAGAUAAGCCAAUUGGCUAUCUGUAUAACCUCAUGUAACAACAAAAAAGAUUAAUUGGUCUUAGGAAAUUCUUUAAAAGCGAGAAAUGGUAAAUGAGUGAGUAAAAGUUAUCUACAAUCAACAAGUCAAUGUGAUUCUUCUUU